UCCCGCGCAUGCGCCCUCGUUCUUCCCCCUGUGGUCAGUCACAACAACAGUGAACCAAGCGGACCACCGCCAGCAGCUGCCGCAACAACGCACUCCCGUCAACUGCCAGUCUCGCCCCUCUACCGGCAGCCAGCCACCUCACCGUCGUUGUCCCGCUAACACCGACCGGCCCCGCCGGCCGGCUCGCUUCCUGUGCCUGUGAGAGGAUGUUAGAGCGGAGGAUCAUGUCUUCCGGCGAAUGACGGCGCGUUAUGACCCAGCGAGAGUGUCCACUACCCCGGCGGAGCAAGUGAAAACGGCGGCAAGCGGCAAGGCAGGACCGCCAAGCCAUGUUGGUGUGAGUUGUGAGCUGUUCCUGAGCAGGGGAGGAGGAGGAGGCGGAAGGAGGGAAGGAGUUUGCCACACAUCCCGUGUUGGGGGGCCGCCGCCACCGCCGCCAUGGGCAACGCGGCCACCAAGUUCCGGAAGGCGCUGGUGGGCGGUGACGAGGCGCUGGCCUGGCAGCUGUACGAGGGCAAUCCGCAGUUCAGGGAUGGCCUGGACCCCAACGCCUCGUACGGCGAGCAAUACCAGCACAACACGCCGCUGCACUACGUGUGCCGCCAUGCCAUGACGCGGCUGCUCAGGUCCUUCUUGUUCAGCAAGGAGGGGAACCCCAACAAGCGGAACGUGCACAAUGAGACGUGCCUCCACGUGCUGUGCCAGGGUCCGCUCAUCCUGCUGUUGCCUGAGGGGGCGCUGUCGCCGCGCCUCGCCCGGCCUCAGCGCGACGAGCAGCGACGGGCCGACUGUCUGCAGAUGAUCCUAAGCUGGACGGGGGCUCGACUGGAGGGGGGCCAGUACGAGAAGGCCAACGUCAACGCCACCGACAACCGCCGCAGCACCUGCCUGCACUAUGCCGCUGCGUCGGGCAUGAAGAGCUGCGUGGAGUUGCUCAUCCGGAGCAAGGCGGACCUGUUCAUCGAGGACGACGACAAGCUGACGCCUUGCGACUACGCUGAGCGCCACCACCACACCGAGUUGGCCCUCAGCCUGGAGUCGCAGAUGGUUUUCUCCUCGUCGCCAGAGUCACGGCCGCCAGCACCGCACUCCGAUGCGGACGCGCGUGGCGAAAUCAAGCUCCUGCCGCACAAAGAGCCUUAUGAGGGCCUGAAACUGCAAGACCUUCGCCGGCUGAAGGACAUGCUGAUCGUGGAGACGGCCGACAUGUUGCAAGCACCCCUCUUCACUGCUGAGGCCUUGCUGCGAGCGCACGAUUGGGACAGGGAGAAGCUGCUGGAGGCGUGGAUGUCGGACGCCGAGACCUGCUGCCAGCGCUCGGGCGUGGCCAUGCCCACGCCGCCGCCCAGCGGGUGCAACGCCUGGGACACCUUGCCCUCGCCACGCACCCCCCGGACGCCUCGCUCGCCCGUCAUGCUCACCUUCACCUCCCCCACGGACAGCUGCUUCACGCCCGCCGAUGAGGGCCUGGCCACGUGUGGCAUCUGCCUGUGCUCCAUCUCCGUUUUUGAGGACCCCGUGGACAUGUCCUGUGGCCACGAGUUCUGCCGAGCGUGCUGGGAAGGGUUCCUGAAUAUAAAGAUCCAGGAAGGUGACGCGCACAACAUCUUUUGCCCCGCCUACGAGUGCUACCAGUUGGUGCCCGUGCACGUCAUCGAGAGCGUGGUCUCGCGCGAGAUGGACCAGCGCUACCUGCAGUUUGAUAUCAAGGCCUUUGUGGAGAACAAUCCGGCCAUCCGUUGGUGUCCGGCGGCACGCUGCGAGCGGGCGGUGCGUCUCACCCGGCCCGGCCUGGGUGAGAGCGACCCGCACGGCUUCCCGCUGCUGCCGUCCCCGGCCGUCGACUGCGGCAAGGGCCACCUCUUCUGCUGGGAGUGCCUUGGCGAGGCCCACGAGCCUUGCGACUGUCACAUGUGGAAGAACUGGCUCCAAAAAGUCACCGAGAUGAAGCCUGAGGAGCUGGCAGGUGUGAGCGAGGCUUACGAGGAUGCCGCAAAUUGCCUGUGGCUGCUGUCCAACUCCAAGCCCUGUGCCAACUGCAAGUCCCCCAUUCAGAAGAACGAGGGCUGCAACCACAUGCAGUGUGCCAAGUGCAAGUACGACUUCUGCUGGAUCUGCCUGGAGGAGUGGAAGAAGCACAGCUCGUCGACGGGCGGUUACUACCGCUGCACGCGCUACGAGGUCAUCCAGCAGCUGGAGGAGCAGUCCAAAGAGAUGACUGUCGAGGCAGAGAAGAAGCACAAAAGCUUCCAGGAGCUUGACCGCUUCAUGCACUACUACACUCGAUUCAAGAACCACGAGCACAGUUACAAGCUGGAGCAGAAACUGCUGAAGACGGCCAAGGAGAAGAUGGAGCAGCUGAGCAGGGCCUUCAUUAGCCGUGAGGGCGCCACGCCCGACACGCGCUUCAUCGAGGACGGCGUGAGCGAGCUGCUGAAGACGCGGCGCGUGCUCAAGUGCUCCUACCCGUACGGCUUCUUCCUGCAGCAGGGCAGCACGCAGAAGGAGAUCUUUGAGCUCAUGCAGACGGACUUGGAGAUGGUGGUGGAAGACCUGGCGCAGAAGGUGAACCGCUCCUACCUGAGGACGCCGUGCCACAAGAUCAUCAGCGCCGCCCGCCUGGUCCAGCAAAAGCGGCAGGAGUUCUUGGCGUCGGUGGCCCGCGGCGUGGCGCCCAACGACUCGCCCGAGCCCAUGCGCAGGAACUAUGCUGGAGGAUCGUGGGAUUGGGAGUACUUGGGCUUCGCCUCUCCUGAGAUGGGGAGUCGACACUCUGUGCUGGGAGCAGGAGACCAAAGAGACCGAGCGUCACAGGAAUUGGCUGACAUUCAGUAUCGCCGACGGCAUCGAGCGCGGCGCAGGGGAGAGAUGCUGAAUCUGCACAAUCUCCGAAGCGGCAGCAACACGCCCGAGAGCAGCAGGAGGAGCGACAGCACAGAAGGCCUUGAGAGGAGUGAGGGCCGGCAUCGAGCGCUGGGCUCCCUGGACGAGGACGACCCCAACAUCCUGCUGGCCAUCCAGCUGUCCCUUCAGGAGUCUCGACGAGACCGGGGCCCUGAGCUAGAGCGCAGGCUGCAGGCUCCCCCCGGGGGUCCCGCAGGGGACCCCGGUGACGACCCCCCGGGAGCGACGAGGGGCUCGCUGUCUCUUCCCGACCCUCCACGCCCUCCCCACAGGACAGACUCCUCGUCGUGUUCUUCUGCGUCGUCCGCGCCGCAGACCACCACCACCUUGCCCCUCCCUCCUCCGCCUCCCCCGCUCAGCGCCGAGCUGCUGAAGCUGGGGGACAGCCUUAUGAAAUUCGGGAACCCGGUGGCUACCGACUCGGACCCUCAGAGUCACUGCCACGCAAGCACACGUCCGGCCGAGGCCGAACACACUGCCCUCGAGAGUCCGUCCGACUAUGCUCUCCGUCGCCCCCCCGCCCAGUUGUGCCUGCCGUCUCCGGAGCUUGAACCCGAGCUGCUGCUGCUGUCGCCGAUUAUCCCGCCGGGGGGUCCUUUCACCCCCAGCGACCCACAGAGCCUGGAGGCCCUGGACCCCACCGCCAGCGCCCAGCUGCUGGACAACAUCAUGGCCUGGUUCAACCACAACAUCACGUCGCAGAACAACCCUCAGAGCCUGGCCCUCAUCCCCUCGCCGCCCACCACCGAGAGCGACUCGUCCCCGGAUGAGCUCACGGAGGCGGCCCCAGAGGCAUUUGCUGCCCAAUCCGCCUUCGCCUGGCAGCCCCCAGAGGGACAGCUGGACCCGCCACACUCCUGUCCCAGCAGACCCAGCACGCUGGAGUUGGACAACAGAGCGACCGAGGAGGAGAAAGACGAAGAAAGUGAUAGAGGGGCAGCGGACGCGUCUCCUCACACAGACGCCCCCGAAGACUUGGACCUGGUCCUCCAGCUGGAAGAGGACCAGUCGCCGGUAGAGUGGGAGGAGAAAGUCCACUUGGUGUGAGGUAAAAGAAGAGAGCUGCUUUUUACUUUGUGUAUUAUUCUGAAGAUUCUUAUUGUCCAGUCAAACCUCGGUUCACAAGAUUUUCAAACAAUUUUUGCUUUGGUUAACAAAUGUUCCAUGUGUCACCUAUCUUACAUGCAGGUAUUAUUGUCUUCUUUUUUUUUUUGCGCUCAAUUAGCCCUCAUUCUGGCGAACUCAAGAUGGCAAAUGGUCUUUGUAUUCCUGUUCUUGCUCUGCGGUUUGACGAAAUCUUCAUAGUAAAGUAUUUUUGUUUCUUUUAAAAAAAAAAAAAAUCAUAAAAACAAGAUUAAGAAAUGUUCUAGGACUGAGAACCGAUUCAUUCUUUUCGGCGUUUGUGAACCGAGGUUUGACUAAUUAUUGUAAUGAUGUAUCUAACGAGGACGUGAAGCAAUGAUGUCAAGGGCAGUUUUGUUUUGUUUUUUGUUAAUUUGUGUUUAAAAAUCAAAGCAAAUCACGGCAAAGCUUGCAAAGAUGGUCACACAAAGUGCUGCACAUUUUGUUUUAAUUUAUUCCCAUUUAUCACUUGUCCACAUAUAAUCAGGUAUUUAUUUGAUAUGUAUUUUUUUAAUCUAGAAGUACUUUUCUGGAAUCUUAAUUUAUUUUACUGUUUUUUUUUUAACUAUAAUGAAUAUUUCCUCUGUUAUUAAUAUAAUGGUUCCUUCGACAUGGUGGCAUCCAUUUUGUUUUGUUACCCACUGUGGCGUCCAUUUUGUUUGACCUGAUACAGUUCCUUGCCUUGGAAAGGCCCACAUACAACCAAGAAAGCUCCCGUUCAUGUGAACAGGCAUGCAAAAGCAGACAGGUGGCGCUCUAACUCCUUAGCCAAAGUCAAAAGCCAUUCAAGGAAAAGGCU